AUGGGUUGCGUACAAUCAUCAGGCGUUGACGACGAGGCCAAGGCUCGCAAUGACGAGAUUGAGAACCAACUGAAGAGGGAUCGAAUGAUGGCCAAGAACGAGAUCAAGAUGUUGCUUCUGGGAGCUGGAGAAUCUGGCAAGUCAACGGUGCUCAAGCAAAUGAAGCUCAUUCACCACGGCGGUUACAACGAACAAGAGCGAGAUUCGUAUAAGGAAAUUAUAUUCUCGAACACUAUACAAUCCAUGCGCGCCAUCCUCGAAGCGAUGCCUCAGCUAGAUAUUUCUCUUGCGCCGCAAAAUGAUGCCAGGCGCGCCAUAAUAAUGGCGUUACCGCUGCAAGUUGAAGUCGAUGUUCUUCCUCGCGAUGUCGGAGAUGCUAUUCGAGGCCUUUGGCGGGACCCCGGUGUCAAGGAAGCCGUUCGCCGUUCUCGUGAAUUUCAGCUCAACGACUCCGCCAUCUAUUACUUUAAUGCUAUAGACCGCAUGUCGUCGCCUGGGUACAUGCCCACGGAUCAAGACAUCCUCCGCAGUCGAGUCAAGACCACUGGUAUUACGGAGACAACCUUCAAGGUUGGCGAGCUUACGUACAAGCUCUUCGACGUCGGAGGCCAACGGAGUGAACGCAAGAAGUGGAUACAUUGUUUCGAGAAUGUAACGGCGCUGGUAUUCUUGGUCAGUUUAAGCGAGUACGAUCAGAUGCUGUACGAGGACGAGAGUGUGAAUCGAAUGCAGGAGGCACUAACCCUCUUCGACUCAAUAUGCAACUCCCGUUGGUUUGUCAAAACCUCCAUCAUUCUUUUCCUCAACAAAAUCGAUCUCUUCGCCGAAAAGCUACCACGAUCACCACUGGGUGACUACUUCCCUGACUACACCGGCGGGGACAACUAUGACGCUGCUUGCAACUACCUCUUGAAUCGUUUCGUCUCCCUGAAUCAGAGUGCAGCUACGAAGCAAAUCUACGCGCACUACACUUGCGCGACAGAUACUCAGCAGAUCAAAUUUGUCCUCAGCGCUAUCCAAGACAUUCUUCUCCAGCUCCAUCUGCGAGAAUGCGGACUCCUAUGA